AUGCUCAAUCCAGCUGAACGAAACUACGAAAUCUACGACCGCGAACUCCUCGGAAUCAUUCGAGCCCUUACCGAAUGGCGCCAUUAUCUAGAAGGCUCUCCCCAUCCCGUCGAAGUUCGCAGUGAUCACAAGAACCUCACGUACUUCCGUACAGCCCAGAAAUUAAACCACCAACAAGCACGAUGGAGUCUCAAACUAUCACAAUUCGAUCUUCACCUCAUCCACGUCCCUGGCACUCAGAUGAUCCAAUCUGAUGUGCUAUCUCGUCGUAACGGACUCGAUGACAGUGAAAGUGAUAAUGAAGAUCGCAUCCUUCUACCUGAUGCACUGUUCAUGCGAUCCAUUUCCCCGACACUAUUCGACGAAAUCAGGAAUCAUGCAGCAAAAGACCUCAUUGUUUAUGAAGUCCUCGAAGCAAUUGCGCACAAAGGGCCAUUCCCCAUGAAAUCAUCGCUCUCCGACUGGGAAGUUCGCAAUGGUGUCAUCCUCUACAAGAGAAAGAUUUAUGUCCCACCAUCGAAUCGAGUGAAGUCGAACAAAGUCGCACAAAGUCAGAUGGUUCACAGAAGGUCACGAAUGGGUCGGGUACAUCUUGAAGGCUAA